UAGCUCGCAUACCCCCAGCUCCAGCUCUGGCAGCCCCGACUCCUGCAGCUUCCUUUGUGGGUGAGAAAGAACUCGGUCAACCUUGGAUGGAGACUCGGUGAAGCCAAGAGCUCAGAGAGGAAAGGGUCUGGCCUGGCAUGACCCUCAUCAGUCCCUCCGCUUGGUUGGGUGAUGUCCCCGGGCCGGGGUCCUGGGGCCGCUCGGCAGUACCAUGGAGCAACUGACACCCCUCGCACGGCCAAGGGACCCUGCAGCCAUGGAGCCAUGGGCACUGCCCGCCUGGCAGACCUGGACUCCAGGCCAGGGGGGCGAACCUGGAGGCGCAGCCCCAAGCAUUGCCGAUACUCCGGCAGCUCUGCAGCUUGGAGAACUGGGGCCUGAGGAGAGCUCUGAGCCCGAGGGAGCCCGGACCCCCCCACCUGCGGGGGGCAUUGACCCCGAAGGAACAGAAACUGAGCUGCCCAGCCUAGGGCAGCAAGUAGCAAGCUCUGGACCUCGCUGCCCGAGGGUGGAGGAUGAGGAGGUGGAGGCUUUCCCUGAGGGCAAGCUGAACAUGGGCUUUGGGGACAGGCCCAAUCUGGAGCUGCUGAGGGCCCUGGGGGAGCUGCAGCAGCGCUGUGCCAUCCUUAAGGAGGAAAACCAGAUGCUGAGGAAGAGCAGCUUCCCUGAGACGGAGGAGAAGGUGCGGAGGCUGAAGCGGAAGAACGCCGAGCUGGCGGUCAUUGCCAAGCGCCUGGAGGAGAGGGCCCGAAAGCUGCAGGAGACUAACCUGAGGGUGGUGAGUGCCCCCAUGCCCCGUCCCGGGGCCAGCUUGGAGUUGUGCCGGAAGGCACUGGCCCGCCAGCGAGCCCAGGACCUCAGUGAGACAGCCCGCGUCCUGCUGGCCAAGGACAAGCAGAUCGCUGCUUUGCAGCGGGAGUGCAGGGAGCUGCAGGCCAGGCUCACCCUGGUCGGCAAGGAGGGCCCCCAGUGGCUCCACGUGCGGGACUUCGACCGGCUGCUGCGCGAGUCCCAGCGGGAGGUGCUGCGGCUCCAGAGGCAGAUCGCUCUGCGCAACCAGCAGGAGCCGCCCCCGCCACCCCGGCCCCCGGGCCCCGCUGUCCGGCCCAGAGCAGGGGCGCCCGCCCCCGGGGCCCCGGGAGAGGCCACGCUCCAGGAGGAUGUGGAAAACCCACCCGUGGUCCUAGGGGAGCCAGAGAAACAGCAGAGGGUGCAGCAGCUGGAGUCAGAGCUCAGCAAGAAGCGGAAGAAAUGCGAGAGCCUGGAGCAGGAAGCCCGGAAAAAGCAGAGGCGAUGUGAGGAGCUGGAACUGCAGCUGAGAGAAGCCCAGAGUGAGAAUGCCCGCCUCGUGGAGGAGAACUCUCGGCUCAGUGGGAGAGCCACGGAGAAGGAGCAGGUGGAGUGGGAGAAUGCGGAGCUGAGGGGCCAGCUCCUGGGGGUGACACAGGAGAGGGACUCGGCCCUUCGCAAGAGCCAGGGCCUGCAGAGCAAGCUGGAGAGCCUGGAGCAGGUGCUGAAGCACAUGCGCGAGGUGGCCCAGCGGCGGCAGCAGCUGGAGGUGGAGCAUGAGCAGGCUCGGCUCAGCCUGCAGGAGAAGCAGGAGGAGGUCCGGAGGCUGCAGCAGGCCCAGGCAGCAGCUAAGAGGGAACAUGAAGGAGCUGUGCAGCUGCUGGAGUCCACCCUGGAUUCCAUGCAGGUCCGGGUUCGAGAGCUCGAGGAGCAAUGCCGCAGCCAAACCGAGCGCUUCAGCCUCCUGGCGCAUGAGCUCCAGGCCUUCUGCUUGCACCCUGGCCCCUUGGAUCUGCUCACCUCUGCCCUGGGCUACAGUUCCCUUGGGGACCGCCCGCCACCCCCCUGUUGCUGCUCUACCCCCCAGCCCUGGAGGGGGUCCGGCCCCAAAGACCUUGACCUCCCACCGGGCUCUCCAGGGCACUGCAGCCAAAAGUCUUCCGAGCCUGCCCCUGCCACCCCUGCUGGGGCCCCACGAAGGACGGCCAAGAAAGCAGAGUCUCUCUCCAACUCCUCUCGCUCCGAGUCCAUCCACAACAGCCCCAAGUCAUGCCCUACUCCCGAGGUGGACACAGCCAGUGAGGUGGAGGAGCUGGAGGCGGACAGUGUGUCCCUGCUCCCUGCAGCACCGGAGGGCAGCUGGGGGGGAGCCAGGAUCCAGGUCUUCCUAGCACGCUAUAGCUAUAACCCCUUCGAGGGCCCCAAUGAGAAUCCGGAGGCAGAGCUUCCGCUUACUGCUGGCGAGUACAUCUACAUCUAUGGCAACAUGGACGAGGAUGGCUUUUUUGAAGGGGAGCUUAUGGAUGGCCGAAGGGGCCUGGUCCCUUCCAAUUUUGUAGAGCGUGUGUCUGACGACGACCUCCUGACCUCCCUCCCUCCGGAGCUGGCCGAUUUAUCCCACAGCUCAGGCCCUGAACUCAGUUUCCUGAGCGGAGGUGGGGGUGGCAGCAGUAGCGGGGGCCAGAGCAGCGGGGGACGCAGCCAGCCCAGACCGGAGGAGGAGGCUGCAGGGGACGAGCUGAGUCUGAGCCCCCUGCCCGAGGGCUUGGGUGAGCCUUCUGCUGUGCCUUACCCCCGCCGUCUGGCAGUCCUCAAGCAGCUGGCCCACAGCGUGGUGCUGGCCUGGGAGCCGCCUCCUGAGCAAGUGGAGCUACACGGCUACCAUAUCCGCGUGAAUGGGGAGCUGCGUCAGGCCCUGGGGCUGGGAACGCCCCCCAAGGCUGUGCUUGAGAACCUGGACCUGCGGGCAGGGCCCCUCCAUGUUUCUGUGCAGGCCCUGACCAGCCGGGGCAGCUCCGACCCUCUGCGCUGUUGCUUGGCGGUGGGUGCCCGGGCUGGGGUGGUACCUAGCCAGCUGCGGGUCCAUCGACUGACAGCCACGUCUGCUGAGAUUACCUGGGUGCCCGGCAAUAGCAACUUGGCCCAUGCCAUCUACCUCAAUGGGGAAGAGUGUUCUCCUGCCUGCCCCAGCACCUACUGGGCCACCUUCUGCCACCUGCGGCCUGGUACACUCUAUCAGGCCCGAGUGGAGGCUCAGCUCCCACCUCGAGGGUCCUGGGAACCAGGCUGGGAGAGGCCAGAGCAGCGGGCUGCCACGCUGCAGUUCACCACACUCCCCGCAGGCCCACCUGAUGCCCCCCUCGAUGUGCAGAUUGAGCCGGGGCCCUCCCCUGGAAUCUUGAUCAUCAGCUGGCUCCCAGUAACAAUUGAUGCUGCCGGCACCUCCAACGGUGUCCGGGUCACAGGCUAUGCCAUUUAUGCCGAUGGGCAGAAGAUCAUGGAGGUGGCCUCGCCCACAGCAGGCAGUGUGCUGGUGGAGUUGUCCCAGCUGCAGCUGCUGCAGGUGUGCAGUGAGGUGGCCGUACGUACCAUGUCACCCCAUGGCGAGUCGGCCGACUCCAUUCCAGCUCCUGUCACCCCAGCCCUGGCUGCAGCCUGCCUGCCAGCUAGGGUCUCCUGCCCCUCACCACGACCAGGCUCGGAGGCCAGACCACCUGUUGCUCCAGCCUCUCCAGGGCCGGGAGACCCCAGCUCUCCCCUCUGGCACCCAGACCCCCAUGGAACUCGAGAGCCCCCUGGGGGCCCCCCAGCAAGCCCUCCCAGAGAGACACCAAAAGGAUCCCAAGAGGAGCCCCCAGCACCUUGCUCUCAGGAGGAAGCUGGGACAGCUGUGCUGGGUGCCUCAGAGGACAGGAGGACCAGCGAGCCAACCGUGGGGGAGACAGUUCCUAGCCCUGCAGCUUCCUCACUGCCUAAGGAGGAGGCUGAGUGGACCGCGGGAGAGGCCUGCCCGGCACCCUGCUCCACUCAGGAAGCACUGGCCCAGAGGGUGCCCUGUGCUGAGGCCUGCUGCGGAGGAGACACAGGGUCUGAGCUGAGGCCCAGGGCUGAGAGGGAGGACACGGCGGAGCUCGGGGUCCGUCUGGUGAACUCCCUUGUGGACCAUGGCCGCAACUCAGAUCUGUCAGAUAUCCAAGAGGAGGAGGAAGAAGAGGAGGAGGAAGAGGAGCUGGGUUCCAGGACUUGCUCUUUCCAGAAGCAGGUUGCUGGCAGCAGCAUUAGGGAGAAUGGGGCCAAGCCCCAGCCCGGCCCCUUCUGGGAGACUGACAGCGAUGAAGAGGUCUUGGAGCGGAUCCUGGAGCUGCCUCUCCAGCAGUUCUGCAGCAAGAAGCUCUUUAGCAUCCCUGAGGAGGAGGAGGAGGAGGAGCAGGAGGAGGAGGAGGAGGAGGACGAGGCGGCGGCGGCGGUGGCAGAGGCCGAGGAGAGGCCAGGGGCUGGCUGUUCUUCCGGAGACUCUGGCCCACCUGAGCCUGCAGUGCUGGGGCUGGGCUGUGACAGCGGUCUGCCCCGAGGACCUGGCCCAUGUCCCUUGUCUCCUGAGCCCUCCAGGGCUGGGGACCGCCUGGAGGACAUGCCCGGACUAGUUGGUGGAAGCAGCUGGAGGAGAGGAAGUGGCUUCCCCGAGAAGCCCCCAAACCGCAAGCGGUCCCCAGAUCCCCGUGAACACUGCAGCCGACUUCUCAGCAACUGUGGGCCCCAGGCCUCAGGACGACCAGGCCCCACACGGGAGAGGGGCGGCCCCCCUGUGGGCGAGGGUACCAGGGGUGGACCAGAGGCUGGUGGGAGAGGGCGGCCGGCCCCUUCCCGGAGAUGCCCCCGGGGCCGGGUUCCAGAAUCUGGCCUGGCCAGCUGCCUUUCUCCCAGAUGCUUGGAAAUCAGCAUCGAAUAUGAUUCUGAGGAUGAACAGGAGGCAGGCGGCGGGGGCAUCAGCAUCACCAGCUCUUGCCACCUUGGAGAUGGGGAGGCCUGGGGCACAGCACCCAUAGGAAGGCCCAGGGGCCCUCCGAAGGCCAAUUCAGGCCCCAACCCCUCCCCACGCCUCCCGGCCUGGGAGAAAGGGGAGCCAGAGCGGAGAGGCCGCAGUGCGACUGGCAGAGCCAAGGAGCCACCCUCCUGGGCAGCAGAGACUGGGGAGCCCAGGGGACAGGACAGCUCUGGGCGGAGGGGCCCCCAACAGAAAGGGGACCGGGCCCAUAGGCCAGGCUCCACUGAGCUGGCCCCUCCGAGGAGCCCCCUAGAAGUGCUGGCUUACCAGGAUCUACCUGUCAGGGUCUUUGUGGCUCUGUUUGACUAUGAUCCUGUGUCAAUGUCACCCAACCCUGAUGCUGGGGAAGAGGAGCUCCCAUUCCGGGAGGGCCAGAUCCUGAAGGUGUUUGGGGACAAGGAUGCUGAUGGCUUCUACCGGGGUGAAGCUGGGGGCCGGACGGGCUACAUCCCUUGCAACAUGGUGGCUGAGGUAGCUGUGGACAGUCCCGUGGGGAGACAGCAGCUGUUCCAGCGGGGUUAUUUGUCCCCAGAUGUUCUCAUUGAGGGCUCAGGGAAUGGUCCCUUUGUGUACUCCACAGCCCGCACAGCUGGGCCUCCCCCCAAGCCCCGCCGCUCCAAGAAAGCUGAGUCGGAAGGCCCUGGUCAGCCCGCUGCAGGCCUCCCCCAGCCGGUCUCCUCUGCCAGCCUGAAAGCUCCCCAUUCCAUGGUGGCUGCAUUUGACUACAAUCCCCAGGAGAGCUCCCCGAACAUGGACGUGGAGGCAGAGCUGCCCUUCCGGGCAGGAGAUGUCAUUACUGUGUUUGGGGGCAUGGACGAUGAUGGUUUCUACUACGGGGAACUGAAUGGACAGAGGGGACUGGUUCCAUCCAACUUCCUGGAGGGCCCUGGGCCUGAGGCGGGCAGCUCAGACAGGGAUCCCGGGACACCCCAGACCGAGAGUCAGAGAAUGAGGAGGAGAAGAGUCCAGUGCUAGAUGGAGAUAGAUAUAUGUAGAGAGAGCAACAUGACUGGGCCAGCUCAACACAAGGACCCCCGGUUCCCCCAGGCUGGCCCUGUGCCCCUGGCAGCUUGCCCAGGA